UCAAAUCUAAGCCGCUGCCUGUCAGGGUGCUCCGUUUAUGCGCUCUGCGCUGCUCUCGUUUCCUCUCCUCUGCCCUCUGCGCUAUACUGCACUGCACUGCACUGCUCGUCUCUCCUCUCCUCACAUCUCCAUCACUCCUCCUUCUCUUUCUCUCUUCUUUCUUUUUCUCUACCUGCAUCCCUCUCCCAUUACAAGCUCUUUUCUCUGCUGUGCACUGCUGCGCUCUGCUCUGUUGUUUGGGAAAAUAUUACACUCUGGGUUUUUUCGCGCCAGAGCUGAGUACACUCCAGCUACUGGUGGAAGAGGAAUCAGAUGAUCCUGGUGCUCCAGGUUUGGCUUGCCUUGAACUCUUUGGAUCUGUGUGGGCCAGGUUGGUGAAGAGGGCACAGAGGGAGGGGAGAAGGGGCAGAUAGCUGCCCAGGUGAGAGCUUCAUCUACUUGGGGAAGUAAAGGCUUCAAGGUGGUGGCGGUGGUGGUGGCAGUAGUGGUUGAUGAUUGUCCGUCGAGGGUCAUGCCCUGGGACUUGCAUGCUUUUCGGCAGUUGGAGUUGGAGACCCUCUCCCAUUUUUGCCCCCCUAGUGGGGCAGCAUUGAUCCUGGUGCCGGGAAAAGCCGCCAGGCACCAGUGGCUGCACCGUGAAGAGUGGGCACCAUGAACCAGCUGGACGCACCACGGCCACUCAACUGGACCAUCAGGAAACUGUGCCAUGCAGCUUUCCUGCCAUCUGUACGCCUGCUAAAGGCACAGAAAUCGUGGAUAGAGAGAGCAUUCAGCAAGAGAGAAUGUGUUCAUAUCAUAGUGAGCGCCAAAGACCCCCAUAGGUGCUGUUGUGGUCGUCUGAUAGGUCAGCAUGUGGGCCUGCCCCCGGGCAUCUCAUCUAGUCAAAAUGAUAAGGCAGAGCGUUUGGCCAAGAAUGACAGCCUGGCGGAGAAGUGGUCAAUCAGUAAACACACACAGCUCAGUCCCACUGAUGCCUUUGGUACCAUUGAGUUCCAGGGAGGAGGACACUCCAACAAAGCCAUGUACGUGCGAGUGUCUUAUGACACCAAGCCUGACCUGCUGCUCCACCUGAUGACCAAGGAAUGGCAGCUGGACCUGCCCAAGCUGCUCAUCUCAGUCCAUGGGGGCCUGCAGAACUUCGAAUUACAACCCAAACUCAAACAGGUCUUUGGCAAAGGGCUCAUCAAGGCUGCCAUGACAACAGGAGCCUGGAUAUUCACUGGAGGGGUCAACACAGGGGUGAUUCGCCAUGUUGGUGAUGCACUGAAAGACCACGCCUCCAAGUCAAGGGGCAAGAUCUGCACCAUUGGUAUUGCUCCAUGGGGUAUCGUAGAAAAUCAAGAGGAUCUUGUUGGCAAAGAUGUGGUGCGUCCAUACCAGACCAUGUCCAACCCGAUGAGCAAGUUGACGGUUCUAAACAGUCUCCACUCCCACUUCAUCCUGGCAGACAAUGGCACCACGGGAAAGUAUGGCGCUGAGGUCAAACUGCGACGGCAGCUAGAGAAACACAUCUCCCUGCAGAAGAUUAACACACGUAUUGGUCAGGGUGUACCAGUGGUGGCUCUGAUUGUAGAGGGAGGUCCUAAUGUGAUCUCCAUAGUUCUGGAGUACCUCAGGGACACUCCUCCAGUCCCUGUGGUGGUGUGUGAUGGAAGUGGCAGAGCGUCGGACAUUUUGGCCUUUGGACACAAAUACUCUGAGGAGGGAGGCAUAAUUAAUGAGUCUCUAAGAGACCAGUUGCUGGUGACCAUCCAGAAGACAUUCACCUACAGCCGCACACAGGCCCAACAUCUGUUCAUCAUUCUCAUGGAGUGCAUGAAGAAGAAGGAGCUGAUAACGGUUUUCCGGAUGGGGUCAGAGGGCCAUCAGGACAUUGACCUUGCCAUCCUCACUGCAUUACUCAAAGGUGCCAACGCUUCUGCCCCUGACCAGCUGAGUUUAGCGCUGGCGUGGAACAGAGUGGACAUCGCCCGCAGUCAGAUCUUCAUCUAUGGACAGCAGUGGCCUGUGGGUUCCCUGGAGCAGGCGAUGCUGGAUGCCUUGGUUCUGGACAGAGUGGACUUUGUAAAGCUUCUGAUUGAAAACGGAGUCAGUAUGCACCGUUUCCUCACGCUUUCCAGACUGGAGGAGCUCUACAACACGAGACAUGGACCAUCCAACACGCUGUACCACCUCGUCAGAGACGUCAAAAAGCGAGAAUAUCCAGGGUUCAGUUGGAUCUACUUCAAGGGAAACCUGCCCCCGGACUACCGCAUCAGCCUCAUCGACAUUGGACUGGUCAUUGAAUACCUCAUGGGCGGGGCAUAUCGGUGUAACUACACCAGGAAGAGAUUCAGAACUCUAUACCACAACCUCUUCGGACCCAAAAGGCCCAAAGCCCUGAAACUGCUGGGGAUGGAGGACGACAUGCCAAUUCGCAGAGGCCGCCAGAAGACUACACGCAAACGAGAGGAAGAGGUGGACAUCGAUUUGGACGACCCAGAAAUCAACCAUUUCCCUUUCCCCUUCCAUGAGCUGAUGGUGUGGGCUGUGCUUAUGAAACGUCAGAAGAUGGCAUUGUUCUUUUGGCAGCAUGGCGAAGAGGCCAUGGCCAAGGCCUUGGUAGCCUGUAAGCUUUGUAAGGCCAUGGCACACGAAGCCUCAGAGAAUGACAUGGUGGAUGACAUCUCCCAGGAACUAAACCACAACUCCAGAGAGUUUGGCCAGCUGGCAGUGGAACUCUUAGACCAGUCCUAUAAACAGGAUGAGCAGAUGGCCAUGAAGCUGCUGACAUAUGAGCUGAAGAACUGGAGCAACGCCACCUGCCUGCAGUUGGCGGUAGCAGCCAAACACAGAGAUUUCAUCGCUCACACCUGCAGUCAGAUGCUACUGACCGACAUGUGGAUGGGACGCCUGCGCAUGCGCAAGAACUCCGGCCUGAAGGUAAUCUUAGGGCUGCUUCUGCCACCGUCUAUCCUGAGUCUGGAGUUCAAGAACAAGGAUGAGAUGUCUUACAUGCCCCAGGAUCAGGAGGCCUACCUGCAGGAGAAAGAGGAGGAGGAGCCUGAGAAACCAGUCAAGGAGAAGGAGGAUGAAGACAUGGAGUUCACAGUAAGAUCUUACUGUGAGGCGCAGUACAACUCCGUGGCAAUGCUGGGUAAGGUAACCACGGAGACAUCCAGAAAGAAGGAUGUUGAGGAGGUACAGAACCGCCACCGCCUCAUCCCCAUGGGACGCAAGAUAUAUGAGUUCUACAACGCUCCGAUUGUGAAGUUCUGGUUCCAUACGAUGGCAUACGUUGGCUACCUGAUGUUGUUCAACUACAUUGUCCUGGUCAAGAUGGACCUGUGGCCUUCUCCUCAGGAGUGGAUCGUCAUCGCUUAUAUCUUCACCAAUGGCAUCGAGAAGAUGAGAGAGAUCCUGAUGUCAGAGCCGGGGAAGUUAUUACAGAAGGUGAAGGUGUGGCUUCAGGAGUACUGGAACAUCACAGACCUUAUGGCCAUCCUCAUAUUCUCGGUCGGCAUGGUUCUGCGUCUCCAGGAGCCGCCUCUCAUGAGCUACGGGCGGGUCAUCUAUUGCGUUAACAUUAUCUAUUGGUACAUCCGGCUGCUCGACAUCUUUGGAGUCAACAAGUACCUGGGUCCUUAUGUGAUGAUGAUUGGCAAGAUGAUGAUCGACAUGAUGUAUUUUGUGAUCAUCAUGUUGGUGGUGCUGAUGAGUUUUGGGGUGGCGCGUCAGGCCAUCCUUAACCCUAAUGAAGACCCAUCCUGGAUGCUAGCUAGGAACAUCUUCUUCAUGCCUUACUGGAUGAUCUACGGAGAGGUGUUUGCCGACCAGAUUGACCAUAUGCAUAGUAGGAAGUUACAGCACAGGCUGAAUGAAAAACUCUGGCUGGUCGAAAAUUACUUUCGAACUCACGGAACCUGGCGUAAUAACGGUCCAUCCCACAUUGCCCAAUACAGUCAAAAUCCCACCCCCUGUGGGCAGAACAUCACUACGGAGGAUGGGGUGGUGGUGGCCCUGCCUCCCUGUAAGACGGGUGCGUGGAUUGUCCCAGCCAUCAUGGCCUGCUAUCUGUUGGUGGCCAACAUACUGCUGGUCAACCUUCUCAUAGCUGUGUUCAACAAUACAUUCUUCGAGGUGAAGUCCAUCUCCAACCAGGUUUGGAAGUUCCAGCGCUACCAGCUCAUUAUGACCUUCCAUGAACGGCCAGUCCUUCCUCCACCCCUCAUCAUCUUCAGUCACAUAACCAUGGUCCUCAAGCACCUGUGCUGUCGCUGGCGCAAGCAUGACGACGACGAGAGGGACUAUGGACUGAAGCUUUUCAUCACAGAGGACGAGCUGAAGAAAGUCCACGACUUUGAGGAGCAAUGUAUAGAAGAGUACUUCAGAGAGAAAGAUGACAGAUUCCACUCCUCAAAUGAUGAGCGGAUCAGAGUCACUUCUGAAAGGGUGGAAAACAUGGCAAUGCGUCUGGAAGAAGUCAAUGAGAGGGAACACUUCAUGAAGGCGUCACUGCAGACUGUUGAUAUUCGUCUGGCACAAAUGGAGGAGCUGAUUGGACGAAUUGCCGUGGCACUAGAGCGUGUGACAGGGGUUGAACGUGGUGAGGUCAACAAAGCACGUUCCAGGACUUCAUCUGACUGCACAGACUCUGCAUACAUACUCCGCCAGGGUGAGUGCCCAGAAGCAGCAUACAUCCUCCGUCAAAGCAGCUUUAACAGCACAGAGGGGAAUGCCUACCGUCUACAGGAGGCACUGGAGGGAACAGCUGAGGGCUCCAUGUCCCCUCCCUCUCCUACUGGCAUGACCACACGCACAAGAAGCCACUCAUUUUAUGUCGGAGGUGGUCGCGGUGGUGAACGUGCGAGUGGAGCUGAACGAGCUGAGAGCUUCUUCAAAGAGCGCUCACUCAGUCUCCACCGAGCCAACAGCUCACAAUCUGUGUCCUCAACUGCCGCCCCCAAGGAGUCUAAGCCCCUCCCCCUGGCGACGUUGUCGGUCUCCCAGCAGCACCGUCCAUCAUCAUGCAUUGAUAUCUAUGUCUCAACUUCUGAGGAGGUGGGGCCUUCAGAGGUCUUCCUGGAUCCUCUCCGUGUGGUCCCACCGCUCCAGAGAGACUCCUCGCUCCAGUCAGAUAUCAUGGAGACGGUGAUGCCGGGAGGCCGGGACUUCAGCAGCGCUGCCACCAGCGGAUUGGGCGACAGGCACUCGGAGGGCGUUGCAGGCAGCAGCGGCACAGCUGGAGCUAUGUUUGAUGACAGUGCAGCUGCUGAUUUGUCGUUGUGCUCAGCCCACCUCUUACCAGACACCACCUUACCCCCUUGGGACAUAGAACCAUCCCCACCUCCCUCAGCAGGGCUGCUCGAACGCUCUAAGAGCAGUCGCUACCUCUCUACGGCAGGCACAGCAUUCCUGGACGAGCCUUCUCUGGUCAAAUCCCACAGCCUCAUGUUCACACCAAGAGGCUGCUAUGGUGGACUGGGGGCAGGAGUCCAGGUAAAAGCUGCAGAGUACACCAGCAUCACUGACUGCAUCGAUACACGCUGUGUCUCAGCUCCAUACGCUCCUGCAGAACGCUCACAUUCCCCUGGAGGAUCCACCUCAUUCCCCUUUGAUAAGCCGUCAGACAUUGGUUCCUCUCACCCAGAGAGAGAGGCAGAGCUUAGCCACACAGAGUCUGAUCCAGAGGACCCUGAGGACCUGAUUCCAGCCCCUGAUACGCCUCGCCUUGGGGGCCUUGGCGGGCCCAGUGGGGCCCCUCUCUGCUCCCCCUUCUCCAGGCUGGAGCGAGCAAACAGCUGCUCCUCAGAUGACUCCCAUCCUUCCCUCACGCUGGCCCCUCCGCACCGGAAGAGCCUGUCGGUGAGUGAGAGGAUGGAGAGGGGACCGGGUCUGGGGGCAGACAGGGGGCCUGGGGCUGGGGGCCGGGGUCUGGCAGGAACCAGAAACCCCUUCCUCAGGAGCAAGUCUGGAGCACGGCCUGAAACAGCCAAGACUGACAGCCUCUCCAUGAGGAAGCUGGCCACUCCAUCAGCUUUCCGCAGUUUUGAUAGACAAAACUACACGUGACAAGGACACUGGUCAGCACACUCACACACUGAUAGGACCAGGGAGGAAAACUGAGGGCAAAAGUGAAAACAGGGUGAAGUUGCCCAUAGAUGGUGAUCUGGGCCAGAGCUACAGUUUUUUCACUUAUGUUUUAGGUUAGAAAGAUGAUAAAAGUUUAUUCAUAGUACGUACUGGAGGGCAACUUUACCCUGGAUCAUGAAUCGGGGGAAAGGGAUGGGAGAUGUAGGGGUCCUACUGUACACCAGUCAAAUACAAAGAGCUAUGAAUCUAGACUAGUUUUUACCUCCUCUUGUAGCUAAGUAACUCUCAAUGGGGUGUUAUGGCAAUGGAAGGUGUAUUUGUACUGUAUGUCUUCCACCCACCACCUUUACGUCAAGUAGACAUCUGUCACUGUGUUACAUCACAUAUCCAUCACGUUAGUCAGAGAAAGUGUACUGUUACUCUUAGCUGCAUUAUAUUGUAGAAACUGUCCAGUCUGAGAGACAGAGCGAGGAGAAAGAAAGAUAAAACAACCACCUCAUUUUGUCAUUUUGUCUUAGCAUAGAGUCAUUACUUUCACUAAACUUUCACUUUAAAUACAUUUUUCUAACUCCACCCUAAGACCCCAGCACAAGCAAACAGAAAGAAGCUAACAUUUCUGGCUGCUUCAUAAAGGAAAUCAGUGAAGUGUUUGAAACCCCUCGUGGUUGCAUUGGAAAUGAUGGCAACAACUUACCUCUGGAUACACUAACACAUCUUUCGAAUAAUCAAUAUUUAUCUUUUUGCAAAGAAAUAUCAAAUUUGUUUUUUGUUCACAUAUUGUAGUAGAACAGUUUUUAUUUCUUUUGUCAGAUCAGCUAGAAGAAGAAAGCAGUGUUUCAACAUACUCCAGACAAAAGGUCAUUACGCUGUCACAUGUUUACAGUCAUGGCUGUCCAGUGUCAGCGAUCUGUAUCAUGCAGUGACUGGGAAAGUAAAAUCUGCAUUUGAUUAGCCACGCGAUAAGAGUGAAUAGCUAGAAGCUAUCAGGAAGAAGUGAGGAAGAAAUUGUGACAUGAAGACUGAGCUCAGCAUGUGACAAUAUCCAGUGUUUCACAGCUCGUGAUUGGGGCACAGAUUCAAGGCAUGAGUCUAUAUUAGUAAAGCAAAUGACGGCAGGCAGUGCUUUGAAGGCCAAUGCAUAAGAAAGGAAAUGAGAUAGAAGAGUUUUGUUUGAAGUGCAUGUUGACAUUCACAUGCCUAUUUACAUGUCUACAUACAUUCAUGGUCAGUGAAGUCCUACAUAUCACUUGGAAAUAAACUUAUCUUCAGACCUGACCCCAGAGAGCUUUAACAAGUGCAAUUGCAAAAAAUGGGGACAAGAGGGCGCUGUGAGCCUACUUCAGAACCAAUGCUUGCUGGGCGAACCUGAUAUGAACCUUCUUUGCCUGCACCUGACACCAAAAAUCCUUCCAUUCAACCAAUCGUAGCUCUCUUGUAGCCCAGCACCUCCUCCUUCAGGUUUUGGCAGUGGCAUUAUGUUGCAAUGGUUUUAUACCCACCUACACCUAAUGGAUCCGUCCUUCAUCUAUUCCAUAACUGUCAUUCAUUUGCUUUUCUCCUUUAUUUAUUUUUUAUUGCAUUUAAAGCCAGCCACUGCAAAAGCAGACUUUAAGAGAAAGCAGUUGCCCCAUGACUAAGCCUAUUAUAAAUCAUACACAGGUCAAGAAGAUGUUUCUUAAGAAACAGCUCAUUUAUGAGUUUACUUUAUGAAAAAAAUAAAGCUUGAGAAUAAGCUGUCGAGUAUAUGCAUUCUAGCUGAGAUUUAAGAAAGGCGUGCAUUUUAAGUGACAUGGAGAAUGAAAAAUGGGACUAUUAUUAUUAAAAGAUGAAAGCCAGAUCAGUGUUUUAAAAUUUUCUCAUUUUUUUAUUCUAGUGGAAGAAGUCUGGAGGGGAAGAAGAAGUCCUUCUCUGAUAGCUUUGUAAAGAUAAGAUAAUUAAUUAAUAGAAUUCUUACUGAUUUUUUUAUGUUUAUGUUUUAUAUUUCCUCGCUAUUACAAUUCAUUUUAAUCAUGUUGCAUUUAUUUUGAGAUUGAUUCUAUUUAUUGACAUUUUCUUGCUCAUUGAUAAUUACAGUAAAUGCCUGUUUGAAUUACAAAAUUAAUAUUUAUAUCUACUCAGUGAUAUUUUUGUCGAAUUUUAAGUAUUUUCUAAUUAAACUUUUAAAUUUAAUAAAAGAUGACCAUCUACAUGCACUAAAUGCUGAUGUAUUAUAUUAUUUAUUAAAUAUAGAAUUGUCUGAUAUACUGUACAUUUCAAUCAUAUUUAAAGUAUUUAAAGUAGUUUUUAUUGUACGUUUUAUCAAGCAGCUUAUGAGAAUUUUCUAAUGUAAAGUUGACAUGGCAAUACACAGUUGCCAGUAUACCAAACUUAGGGUGCCUUUUGGGCAUCGAUGGAGUAUGUGGGGACUGAAGUGAUUCAAAAGUCUGUGAAAUUUCUCAUCUGUUUCUUUUUCUUCUCUAAUCACAGAGCCCGAAUAUCAGUAAUUAUUUUCAACAUUUGGCUUUUGCAUACUCUCAUAGACCUUUAUUGUUCUCUUUAAACACUUCUGCUGUACAGAGUAGGGGACUGUUGUUAUUAGUAGACUGUGUCAUUGCUUGUAUGGACAUUUAUUUGAAUCCACCCAAACACAUAAAACGAUAUGAUUGAGAAUAAUUCAUAGCUGAAGAAAAAAAAUGAUUUGCACACGAAACUGAGACAUAUGUAUGAGGAUAAAGCAUCACCAUGAAGUUGGUGCUGCUGCAUUAAUUCUAUUUUCUUGCUUGAAUUGAAAGCUUUGACUUAUCUCUGUGUUACAACCCAGCCUGCUGGAUGAUCCAAACUGUUAAUAUUCCUGCUAAACCUGGCCUAAACUUUAAAAGGGUGCCCCAGUGAUUUAGUACUGUACUUCCAUAAAGUUAGAGGACUUACAAGAGACAGAUUUAAGAAAAGAAUGGUUAAAAUUGAAGCAACAAAGGCCAAGAUACCCUAACUUUUAGUCCCAAGUAUGGGUCAAGCUUCUACAAUUUCCAUAAUGCAGCUGAGUAGCAUCUUUUUAUGAGACCAUGCCUCAUCAUUAAAUACGUACAAAUUUCAAAUUCCUGAUCCUCAAGUCUCAAAGCUAACUGAAGAUCAGGGUUAUUUUCUUAAAUGUCAAAAACUCCCUCCAGAGCUACAAAAUAAAUCAUCAUACAACUGUAAACUGGCUUUUAUUUGUACGAACAGUGGAAUGCCCCUUUAACCCAGUAACUAUAACACCAACAUAAAUUAUACUGUUGACACAUGGUCAGUAUGGAUCAUUUAGGUUGGACAGACCGGGGGGUAACACACUUUAAUACCUAUAAGAUGACAAGUAGGAUGUUGUAGUCGGUCGAUUCAUACAAAGGAACUUAUCUGCAAUGUCCUCAACAACUAUGUAGGUUACAGUAUGUUUUAGAGAGGAAAGGUUGACCCCAAGUCAAUGCUCAGGGACAACAUUACCCCAGUGAUGCAAGGUAGUAAGUAUAUCAUGAAGUCGUCGUGAAGGAAGGAAAGAAGGAAAGAAAGAAAGAAAAGAGUUUGUCUACAGCAGACUUCCAAUAUAAACACUGUGCUUUAUGAGUUUAACCCUGAAGCUUUGUGGAUCGUAGAGAAUCUAUAGAUUUUGUAUUCUAUGUCUUCAGAAAUGGCAAUAGUGUAUGAAUGAAUGUCUUCAUACCUGAUUGACUUGUUCACUAAUAGAAGUUUAACUUCCCGACAGUACAAACAAUAAGGAGGUUUAUGGAGAAUUGUUUUUCGAUAGAGAGAGCUUUGGUCAUACACAGUUGACCCUUACAUAGUGAAUCCAACCAAAAUUUGCCAAACCAAAUGGAAACGAGCUGAGCCAUGCUCUACUGAUAUGUUGUUGACACAACUGUGGCAAACAGGCCUAACCAAGCAAAUGUCGUACAGUUCAGCUCAGUUUUGCAUGGCUAAGUAUAAAAACAGAUGUCUGACUGAGAGUUUCGGCCCUUCUAUUUGACCUGCUGUCAUAGGAAAUCAAAAUGUUCUUUUCUUAUUUCUUUAUCCUUACAGUAAGGAAUAUGAGACAGCAAAUAUGUCUGUGUGUACAUGAUUCUUGAAUGGUUUUGUGAUAUGUUGACAUGGCUGUUGCGGAAGGUAUUGACAGAAGGUGUGUGUGUGUGUGCGUACGUGUGAAUGUGCGUGUACAUGAACUGCGUGUGAAUUCAGAAAUGUUGAUGACACUAAUAACAGGGAGGCAUGCCAACACAACACAACCCAACAGAAUCUCAAUGUACAGUAUUUUUUAAAUAUUUUCCUAUACUGUAUCUAUACAGUUUUGUGGAAUCAUGAGCAAAUGAUGAUAAUCAACAGAUCUGCUUCCCUCCUAUGACGACCUGUGACUCAUAAGAUAAAGAGCAUUUAUGUUUUUUCUGCAAUAAUUGCUGAUGUUGUGCUUCUACAACCGAAAGGGACUUACUCCCCUGCUGAUCACACUUUAUGUAAUGUCCUUUAAAUGCAUGCAGUUCUUCCACUCAGAGUGUACAGAGACAACAUGUAAAGAUGACUGAGAGAAAGAUAGAGCGAGAUUAUAACAUGAAAUCAAAGUAGUGAGUAUUUGGAUGCAAAUACAAAUCUGUAUUCUUCAAUGUGAAUAGGAUCAUGUCUGGCAUGCAUUGUUAAAUAAACAAUUAAAUAGAUUGGUA